CUUAACAACCGGAGAUCUCCCAGGUGCCCUGCAAAACUCUGACCCCACGCUGGAAAGUCUGUUGGUCACGCCUGCUUCCCUCCCCUGAAAAGUGAGCCCGGCUCAAUCAAAGGAACGGACGACAGCCGCCAUCACCACCACGAGUCUUGCGUUGUUGCCGAGGCACAGCUUAUCGCCUGUUGGAUUUCGUGAUCAUUUCCCAUCAGUGGAAGUCUGUGUGAUUUUCGUUCUUAAAACUAAAUAUCAAGUGUGGUAGUGGCUAUUAAAUAUGGAAACUUGAGAUUUUUAGAUAGUUUUUUUGUGGUUUUCGUUGUCGCCAUCUCUAUCCAUAGGAGAAUAAGAGAAGUAACUCUUAUUUAAUAACAGUCUUGUGAAAAAUUGCCACGAACAAAUUUGACGGCCUGUCAAAAGUCUACAACUGACGUCAUUUUGGAUUCUCCAAAAAUGUGAGUGAAAUGUUUGGCUUGUUUGUGUUCUUUUUAGCACUAGUAGAUGGGAGACCAUAACACACAUUAAAGAUAACAUGACUCAUAAGAGUUUUAUAAUGCGUUUUUUAAAAUUUUCUUUACGUCUAAGCCAAAGCUUUUAUUGUGCUUUAUCGUUAUCACUCUUCGCUUCUCGAGUUAUGACUAAUUUAAUAACUAGAACAUUUUUUAAAGAGUGUUUGGAGAUAUUGACCAUGUCAUGAUUCAACAAUAAAAGGACAAAUCUACUCCUAAAAUUUAUUCUCUACAAAAAACAACAACAACAACAAAACAACAUUAUUUCGGAUAAGUUGUUUAAUUUAAUUUAGUGAUACGUCACUCAUUAGCAUAUUUUCGUACAGUACAGCUGGGAUAUGUAAAAGUUUAGCACAUGCAUCACUUUUAAUUUAAUUGAGUGAUGUUUCACUCAUUAGAAUAUUUUCAUAGAGCACAGCGGCGAUACGUAAAAGUUUAGCCUUUGUAUCACUUUUAAUUUAACAUUAAUGCAUACGUUUAUAGGGAUUAAAUUUGGCAUGCUUUAAAUGUAUUUUAAUUUAAUUCACUUUACCAGGCAGUGGUAAGAGCAAACUAACCUUGUGUAUACAUAAUAUUAGAAUUACAGAAUGUAAGCUUUGAUCGCGCAGCUAAACAAAUAAUUUAAUAAAAAAAAGCAUCAUGGAUUCGCUCUUUUUGUUUUGUCUGUCAAGAAGGUGCAUGGAGCUUCCAAGACGGACGAUUGGUUCAAGGAUGGAGAAGCAUGUUCGUGUCCAAGGGACGACCGUGGCGGCUUUGAUUAUUUUUUUCGGGAUCCUGCCAACGUGUGCCUACGUGCUGCCUACAAACGGCAUCGAAAGACCAACAGAGGAAAACAGUGGUGCCUUGAACGGCACACCGUUUGAUCAAGAACUUGCCACUGGCGACACUCUUGAAAGUUCGCCGUCAAAGCCAGACCUGGAAUGGGACACUGACGCGUCGGUGAAAACUGAAGACGCGGGAAAGGAUUUUCCAGGAGAUAAGUUUAGAGCAGAGGAAGGCAAGGACAGCAGAGUCAUCAAAACACGCUCUGUCAGGUCAGAGCCUGGUGCCGCGGGUGUCAACAAAAACCCAAACAAGGCUUUGGCUUCACGCGAAACAAAGCUGAAAUCGGAAAAACUCUCCCGCAAAAACACAAAGAAAGAAACCAUGAUCUCGCGAAAGACAUCAGAAAAGUUAAUCGAUGGUCAUGAAAAAAAGAACCCGAAAGAAGAAAAGGGCGCGAAAAAAUCAGAGGUAAUGGCUCCAGGAGGAUACUUGACUCUGGAGGAGAGGAUAUCAGCUUGGUUGUUGGCGAAACGAAAAGCGGACACUGACUGGGAGGACGCGGCUCCUGAAACUGAUUUCCCUGACACGAGAUCGAGGCCCGUUUCCGAUGACGAUGAUUCCGGGGUCUUGGUGCACAUCGACAAAAUGAAAAACUACGACGUCAACGAUGAUACGUAUGGGGACGAUGGUCUCGUCGCCCCCCGGGGAUACGGCGAUCCAGGUGACUUUAUGGGCCAGCCCCACGGGUACCAUUAUCCUUCCGGGUAUAAUCGCGACGUAGAACUUCGCCGGUACGGGAUGAGUGAUGACACGGACCAGUACAAAGACUUUCUCGAGGUGCAAAAAUCGAAACGGGGCAAGAAUUAUGAAAAGACGUUCGAGAAAGAUCAGGGUGAAUACGACAACGUUGGACCGAACCGGAACAUCAAAACUAACGACAAGCCGAUGUUCUUCUACUAUUACGAUCCGGAGAGCCACUACGCGCCGUCAGGUGUGAAGUCGCAGUUCCAGUUUUACGACAAGGAGUACGGCGUCGACGAUCCUUUCAUGUACGAAGAAAACGAAGACAGAGAAGGUAAAGGAAAGCGUGACAUCAGUCCUAAGGGCAGCAAGGAUCCACGCGAGCUCAACGCAAACGUCAACUCAUUUUACACUUUGGAGAAUUACGUUGAUGAGGACCCGUCGUUCAACAAAAGAUCGUCUGCUGAGACCAUCAACACCUCGCACCUGGGUAGCCUCAAGGACACAGGAAUGGACAAGGGUCUUAGGUCAUCAAAAGAAAACAAGAAAAACAAGGCGCCAGUUGACGGAGAUGUCUCAGGCGAUAGAUUGGGAAAAACCAAAAAUAAAGAUCGCCGAGAUUUAACUGAAUAUGUCAAGAAGUCGUCCAAAAUUGUAAAUCGGGUCGCAGUCAAAGAAGAGAGCAAAGAAAGCAGACCAAACGUUCCCCCGAACUCUAACUUAGAAAACGUUAAGACUGUUGGUGAUGCUGUCGACGUCGAGGCGGAGAGAUUACUCGGAAAAGCAAAACAAUUUGAAGUGAGCGCGAAUUCCCAGGAGAUGGUGCACAAGAACCAAGGGGCGCCACUGCAGGCGGAAGCCAUAAACAUCGGUGCUAUAAUGCAAAGGGGUGAUAACUCUGGUAACACAAGCGACAUUUCUGCGUCAAAUGCGACAAGCGGAACGGGAGAAGACAAAACUGAAAAGCGUUCCUCCCUCGAAGAAAAAGUUACGGUUAAAUCAAAAGAGAUCGAUCAGAGCAACAUUACUUCACAAAAUAAGGAUCUUGUCGCUGAUGUUCCCAUUCAGAAAUCUACAGGGGCAGUUACAUCCAAACAUCAGAAUGCAUCAGUCUCACCGAUUACAUCUCAAGACGAAAAGGACGACGCUUCGCGCACCUUGGAGAAAUCAUCCCGUGAUGUGCCGUCGUCAAUAGAGAACGGCACUGAUAUCCCUUCAGGCGGAACGAGUUUAAUAUUUACUAGUAACGAUACCACAAUAUCAGAUCAAAAUGAAGAAACAAUACCGAUUUUGAGACACGAUACCACAAUAUCAGAUCAAAAUAAAGAAACAAUACCGAUUUUGAGAAACGAUACCACAAUCUCAGAACAAAAUGAAGAAACGAUGCCGAUUUUGAGAAACGUAGCCACAAAAAUAUCGGUUCUCACCAAGAAUGUGAUACCACCUAAAUCACUGAAUAACUUUUCGGUAGUCACCUUGCCAUCCGUUGAACAAGGGCAAGAAAUAUUUACCGAAACUUCAAAAUUGGAUUCAAAAAGUAUUGAUGGUCUAUUAAGCAAAAUUGAAAAUAACGGUAGCGAUUCUCCAUCUACAAUCAGACUGAAGGACGCAACACUGACAAAUAUGGCGGAGCUCAGUGACGUAGGAUCCAAUCUCUCUUUAUCCAGCGGUUCACUAAAUGUCUUGAGCGCUAAUUCUUCCAACCUAGACAACCCAAACGACGGAACGAAGACUAACAUCACUACAACCAAUUCGUCCCUGAAAUCUGAAGACUUGACCAUCGCAGACUUUUCGCAUAAAAAUAUAACUAGCGUUGAAUUGUCGUCAAGCUUUGACGGCGUAGGUGUCACUGCAGUACACGAUUUCACAGACACUAGCUCGACGUUUCAGGAUAAUGUCAAAAUGGACUUGCCAGCUUCUGUUACAAAUGAUACACGGAAUUCAAUACGUGACAAUACCGAAGCUAAUCGUACCAACGAAACGUUUGAAAAUAGCAAUGGGUCAGUAAGUCACGAAACCAAUGAGAGCACCACUAGAGAUGACGUCAAAUCUGCUGAAAGUGAAAAAAUACCAACGGCGUACAUGGCUUCUGUAGUUCUGAGCAGUAGCGACCAUGUUUCAGCGUUGAAUAAACCAGGUAAUGUGUCAGGGGAUUCAAUCAACAAAAAAGAGAAUGGGCUUUCCACAGCGGACACAAACGAGACCUCCACAACGAAUAAAGAAGAACUUAUCCAAUCGAAUAAGGUCUUGAUCAGUAGUGACGUGGGGAACAGUAAAUCCAAUGUAAGCCUUCAGAUCACCGACAGCCACUUGGCGAGUAAUGGAAGCGACCGCAGCUUUAAGAAAAAUGACAAUACAUCCCCACAGGAAGUGAUGUCAAACAACGAAACUAGGCUAAACUCAGGAAGAAGUGACAAAGAACACAUUCAGAUGUCAUUAGCUGAAAUAGCGCCUCAAGACAACGGAGAAGAAGUUUUCGGAUCCCUGGGAAAUAUGUCAACAUCAAAACUUCCGGCAGACCCAAUGUCAGUUUCCCGUGACCUUAACGGAUCUGUUGAGUCUCUGUCAGAAAAAUCUCUCUUGCAACACAAUACUACUCCGCUGCCCAUUGUUCCCUCCGGAAACGGGUCCAAGGUCUCUGACCACCCUUUGGAAUCAGAUGACGUGCAGAGAUCCACGGAAGACCUCAGUCUGAAAGUCAUGGGGGUCCAUGCAGCACCGGAAACGGCUAAAGUCUCGACAGCCAAUCCGAAUGUUACCCUGCAAUACGCAGGCAACAAUACAUGGGUCUUCAAAGACACUGCCACGGCUGAAUCUGUAACAGAGAGCGGCAACGAUACUCAGGCUGCACAGAGUAGCUCUGGGCACGAUAAUAACAGUUCAGUAACUAUCAAUAGUGCGGCUUCACAAAGCCAAUCUUCCAGUCUUUCCACAGAGGAUGUAAAGGAACAACAGAAGAAACACUUAAGCAUAGGCCCCGUUAUAGAAAUUAGAAACGCAAGUUAUAGUUUAAAUAUGGUACAUUCAAAUACGAGUCUCCUAAAUAAUUCAAAUGCAGAAGGGCAAAAUAUCUUAGGAACUGUCGGGAAUUCAAGUCAUUUUACUUCUAAUUCAAACAACAGUACGUUCGAGCAAGAAGUUCUUAGUGAUGAGCAGAGAAAUAUCACAGGCGAAUCCAACACAACCUCCACACUGAACCCUCAAGAGAAAAUUUUGACAACCACUUUUUUGUCUGAUUCAAAUUUCUCCAGAAAACUUCUGAGCAUUGCUGACGUCCAGUUUUCUGGUUACACUGACCUGAACGAGACGAGAAAUGCUUCUCGUGAAGUGGAUUCGAGAAACACAACCCGACGUUUCAUCGUGAGCUCCGAAGAUAAUACAACUUACCCAGCAAGCCACGACACGCCACGUUCAACAUUAUAUACAAACAUCACAACAGAUCAGCAAGUCAAUGGAAAUUCAACAACAAAGCAGGAAGAUGCUCGAUUUAAUGAUACAUUGAAAUCAUCAAUGGGAAGAUCCUUAAAUCAAACACUACAAGAUUCAGAAACAACAUCUCCCGCAGGAAACCACUCACUGGUAGAAAAAAAGAACACGUCUUCGGUGGUACCAGAAGUGAUGAAAAAUGUGGUCAUCCCCAGCUCCAAGAAACUUCAAACUCACGAGCCCCAACUACAAGACGGCGGUGACGCCGCAAAAAGAAUUCUUGUUUCCAAUUUGGUAAACGGAAGCUCACACCCAAACCAAGGCCACAGACUGGACAAUAACACGUCUGCUACAAACGAUCUCCAAAGUAACAAUCUGAGAGAAAACGCUACCCAGGUGGAAGACGACAGCAUAAGUGUUGAGAACUUUUUAAAAAGCCAGUCAGUUAAUUCGCACAACCUUACAACGAUGCCGGUUUUUGCCACAGCCGGUGGAGUCGCCAUCGAUUCCGUUACAAACAGCAGCUCUGAGGCGAUGGCCGUUAAUUUGACAUACUCUAACGACGGGAUGACCGUUAAUUUGACAGACUCUAAAGAUGUACAAAAAUCUUCUGUGACGAGAAGGGAGAUACUAACAAGCAGUUCGCAAUAUGUUAGUGCAGCGGCUAGUGGCGGGCGUGACAACUCUUCCGUGAGUAAUGUGACGUCAUGGUUGUCGGAAAUUUCACAGAAAAACGGAGGGGAGCAAGAGAACAACAUUUCAGGCCAAAGUGACAAAAACAGAACCAAUUUUGAAACCACAAUGAAUCCAGGAGCCAACAAUUUGAAAACGAGAAAUGAAUCAUUUCAGAUCACCUCUGUUGGAGACGGCACCAAAGAACCACACGUGAGAGACAUUGAAAGGUUGGUACCUGUCGGAGCUCACACCUUUAAAUCAAGCGCUUUUGAUGGUUUGAACGCUUCAACCAACGGCUCGUUAGCAAACGUCACCAUCUCGUCGAAUGACGCCGACCUUAAGAUUGACGCCGGAAGAGGAAGUGAUGUAACCGCAGGCGACCCAUCUCACUUCAGUGCACCAUCAGCAGAGGAGUCGGAUAUUGGUAAGUCAAAUGUGUUUGGAUUGAAAGUCACAUCAUAAUUGAUGUACACAUUUUUAAAAAUAAAAAUCCAAAUCUUUCACGUGCGCACAUGUCACACGACAUUUUUUUUUUUUUUUUUUACACUGUCUAAAUCUAGACGCCUGAUGACGAGAGAAAUGACGUCAUGAAACCUUCCCUUCCCUCUCCAAGUAAAAAAGAAGCAAUUUUUUCACGUUUAAAGGGUAGUUUCAUAUGCUUAUUAACGUCUCACAGACAUCAAAAUAAAAAUGAGUGCAUCAAGCGAAAAUUUUGAUAUGCACACAUAAGGUGUCGUUCGCAAAUUACGUCACGCAAAAAUGACAUUUUUUUGACCCCCACCUCCCUACCCUGUCACAAAGUGUGACAAAUUCUUUGACCUUCCCCCCCCCCCACCCCGCAGUGUCACGCCACACCUAAAAAAAAUCAAAACAUGCAUACAAUUUUCUAAAAUUUUGAUAUGCACACAUAAGGUGUCGUUCGCAAAUUACGUCACGCAAAAAUGACAUUUUUUUGACCCCCCCCUCCCUACCCUGUCACAAAGUGUGACAAAUUCUUUGACCUUCCCCCCCCCCCCACCCCGCAGUGUCACGCCACACCUAAAAAAAAUCAAAACAUGCAUACAAUUUUCAUAAGUAACCUAAGAUUUUUAAAAAUUCUUUAACUUUUUCUCAUAAUGGAUUAAGAUGUAGUAUUAUUAGAAAACAUUGACGCGAAAAAAACGAAGUCAUCCACAAGCCAAAUGUAAUUUGGCCACAAACGUUUUUCGUCAUUUUUCGAUAUGCGUAGAAGGUGUGAGCGACUGAGUUUCAUAGUACCUAUAAUACCUGAGACAAUUUCGACCCCCAAUUAUUUAAAAAAAAAAUAUAAAAAAAAAUAAUUGAACAAAGAUUUUUCAAAAUUAGAAAAUUUUAAAUAAAAAAAAACUAAAACAAAAAAAAAAAAACCAAAAACAAAAAAAAAACGGACCCCCCCAAUUUUUUUUCCCCCCCCCCCCCCCCCCGUCCCAACCUGUCCCAAAUUCCCCCCCCCCCCCCCCCUCCAACCCUGAGCGAGAUUUAAUUUGCGAACGACCCUUAAGGAAAUAUGAACGGGUCUUUGUUCCAAAAGUUUGUUGGGGGAGGAGAUAACCCGUCGGUUAAGACGACUUGUUUAAUUAUUUUCUUUUCCACAGCUGUGCCGCCCAUCAGUGCCUACAUGAUUCAGGACUUCAGCUUACGGAAACCCAACCCAGACACCAAAUCCACCAGCGUCGACAGCAAAAACACCAAAAGUGGUGGGGACGCCGUCAGCAGCGGCAGCAGCAUCAACGUCGACAGCACCAUGGGCGGCGGCCGUGCAAACAGCACCGGCGGCACCCCGAGCAACAGCACCGACCUGCCCUGUGUUGGGCCCGCGUGUGACUUUGGGCCGCUGUCCGUCCCGCCGAGGUCACAGGCCGCCGUGUCAGCGGUUCUCACAACCCAUUUCGGCCCCACCAAGGACACGAUGAUUCCGUUUGAUUUAGAACUCCUGGGUAAGGGGAAUGUUUCCCGCUGGGGAGACGCUUCUUUAAGCUAACUCUUUAAAAUCCAUGUACGGUUUAAGUAGAGGAACGAAAUCGUCUUGUGUUGUUGAAUGAUUUUAUCAAGUUGAACGAAUGAAACAACUGUAUGUUUUGGCCAGGCGUAAACAGCUCUUAUCUCAUGAAGCAGGUUCACUCAUAGGCGUAGCUAAAGGGGGCAGAGGGGAACUGAUGUCCCUGGGCGCCAGACUAGUUAAGGGCGCAAAAAUGUGCUUUGAUAUUAUUUUAUUGGUGAAAAUAAUGGGAUUGGGGGUUUGAAAAAGAAAGGAUGGCGCUUUAAAAUGAAUCUGUCCCCAGGCGCCAAACAUUCUAGCUACGCCUCUGGGUUCACUAUAGAAAUCAAACAAAUAAAUAAAACGGUGCUAUGUGGAAAGUAUGUUAGAAGAAUUUGAGGGUAUGAAACAGGACUCUCAUUAAUAACUGUGAAACGAAUCAAUUCCAAAGGGUUAAGACACCGAAGCUAGACACACAAGCAAAUCUCGUUCAGUGCCGGCGUGGAUGACUUUUGUGUCUUUAAAUGAGUUGCCUAUUAAAAUUGUACCCAAGAUCUGCAUUGGACUUAUUUGUAGCAGAUAAAUGGGGCACCCAUCAAGCGUCCUUAAUAGUUAAAAUAUACUUUUGUGUCAGCCUAAACCCAGAGAAGUCAAACAAAGACAAACACAUACAUUUUAGAGCUCCCAUUUCAAUUGCUACAUGAAAAUACACGUUCGUUCCUCAAAACUGUUGUUGGGUAGUGAUUAUCAAUUUUAUAUNGAAUAUGUGAAACAAAUGUCUUGUGUUUAAUUAGUAUAUUAUUUGGAUCGAAAUAUGUUAAAAUACAUUUUUUUUCAAAUCUUUAUAGCCUAUCCCUAUAUGAUCUUAUACAGUGGCGUAGCUAGGGGAGGGGGGUCCAAAUUCGAAAGUCCCCCCGGUCCCCAUUUGAAGGGGGCCCCCAAAGGCGUUUCCGAAAUUUUGUUUACAUUAAAUAAUGUCGAAUGUUAAAAUGCAGGGGCCCCUAAAGAGGCCAAGCCCCUGGCCCCCCAAAUCCCCCCCCCCAAAUCCCUAGCUACGCCACUGAUCUUACAUCUAAAAAUAUCUGUCUACUAGACUAAGUGCAUGCCAAAUUGAAAGGACAUAAGUCUGUACCUGACACCACCAAAAAACAACAACAACCAACAAACUAAACUAUUCACAGACCUGGACGACAACUACGACAACACCACGGGUAUGUUCAUCUGUACGAUACCAGGAACCUACGUCAUCUCCUUGUACCUGAUGUCACAUCCGGGGGCGAAGGUCAACGCCCGCGUGUUCAUCAACAACCGGCCGAUAGCCGCGCUCUGGGCGGACGACUCGAAGAACGCCGGCUUCUACCCGUCCAGCUCCACGCAGACGAUCGCCCAGCUGGGGUUCGGGGACCAGGUCUACGUCAUGCUGGUGGACGGGGGCUACGGGGAGAGCUGGGUGCACGCCAACUACAACGUCUUCACCAUCUUUUUGUUGUACGAGCAGGUGUUCUAAGUCAAGGAGUUUGCGCUUCAGGUGUUCAAAGUGUGCAUGUGCAUUCAAAGAAGAAAUAAAAUUGUUUCCCGUGAUUUGAAUAAUAUCUUCUGUCCCCUUGGGUGAAAUUUCAAAGAUUAGUUACCAUCUUUUUAAUUAUACGAGUAAGUCUUCUAGGUAAAGUAGCUUGUAGUUUUAGUGCAAUUUUUAAUGGGUCUUGUAGGUUGAAUGAUAUAUUCUGUCGGUAAGGGGAAAUUUAAAAGCUUAGUUUAUAAGGGGGAGGGGAACUAUCAUUUGAGAUCAUUUUUUGUUUGUUUUUUGAUAGGAACCUGUUGGGGACCGAUUUGGGGAAGGCGUUACAUAUAUGAUUGACAGGUUGCAGUCUUUAAAAAACAUUCGUUUUCUGGGAUCUUAUCCUAGGCAUAUGUUGACCAUGAAUGGAAGGUACAUUUGUCCCAAUUUUUUUUGGUUUGUCAUUUUGUAACUGUAGCAAAGAGCAUAUUUUCUAAUAUUCUUUUAGUGUGACUUUCAAAAGCCAGUCUCUGUAGUAAAAGACAAAAAAGAAAGAAAUAUCAUCAAAAACAAUUACAAUAUUUUCACAUCAAACCAAUUAACAAACUCGAAGCACUCGGUUUGAGGCUAAUGUUUACAAUAAUUUCAUUUUUCACAUGUGUAUGUCUUCUCUUUUU